CACAAUCUGCAGAAUUUCCAUCACACUACAGAGUAUCCCUUCUCUCGCAGCCAUGCAAUAGCUGCUCAGUACCUGGGAACUAUUUCCCUGGUUGUCUUCUUAUAGUGGUAGUAGCCGUUGGCAGGCACGCCAGGUGCGCCAGGAGGGCCUGGCAAUCCUCGAGCGCCAGCGCCGCCGUUUGCGCGAGUAGAAGUACCGUCCCAAGCCUCUGCUGGCCAUCCGAGGACGAACACACUUCCAAAGCGCAGCGGUAAGACCCAACCACAUCUGUUGGACACUUUUUAGCUGGCGAGUGGGCGAGCACCUCUCAAAGACUCACGGCAGAUCCCGUGUGGGUCUCAGUGCCAGCGACCUCAAAAGCACGAUGAGCGAUGCUCCAUCCAUAGAUAGAAAACAGCCAUGCGACGAUUGUCACGAGCGUGGCGGUUGACUGUAUUUACACGUAUGUCAGAACGGCUCAGCGGGCAUGAUGGGAUUGGGAACUCACCAUCAUGAUCACAAAGAAGGUCCUGUUACCAACGGUUCGAAGUGCCCUAUUUUCGUGAACGAAGAGGAGAGGGAUCACAGCAAGCCAUGUGAGAAAGGUGAAGAUGAUGGCUGUAAAGUUCAUCAUGCCUCCAGUCAACGCCCUGUUCACUUGCUGUCCGUAUUCAUAGGCCACUUUAUUGGGCAGGCAAUAGUCGGGCGAGCACCAGCCAAAAGAGCCGAAUGUAGUGUCUCCUGCCGAAGAGGGAUUUCGGAGCCAGCUGAUGCCAGAGAUGAAUGGGGAAGAAAAGGUGCAAAGGAUACUGAGCAGGGAAUGAGCUUCAGCAGUCAACAAUACAUUAGACUCACAUGAGAACCAAAGAGGUAAGGAGCAAAAGGAAAAGCACGAUGACAUGUGCCCCGUAAGGUAGCUGGUAGCCAUAGGGCAUUGUGGCGGGUAGCAAGUCGAUCUUUGGCUUGUAUUGGAAACUCCCAAGAGGCUGCGCAGGAAUUCGGUGCUGAUGAAGGAAGACGUCGAACGCUGAGCCCUCCCUGCAGAUUGCGUAGGUGUUGGUAUAGGUGUUGAGAGGGAAAGUGGGGGAAGUGUUCGAGGAUAAGCGAGGCGUGAGCAAAGGGAAGCGUGCAAAAUUGGAGAAGAUCAGUUCGUGUCCUUAUGGUAAAUAUACGUACAAUUGUAUCCCAGGACAAUGAACUUGGCCGCGGUGCUGAGAGACAACAAGUUUCGCGAUGAAACGGCAGAGACAAUAAGAAAUGGCGUUGAUCCUCCUGGAAAGCGGGGGAGUGGCAUGCUCAGCCAACCGAGAACAAUAUCUUUUUUGGCAAUAAUCUGUUUUGAUCGAUGAAAGAAUCCCUUUGGUCGUUGUUCCCGAAACAAACCAGGUACCAUCACUCAACAUCCAACACGCGGCGUAUGCCGCUUUACUUCCUCCUUUGUUGUUGCCCUGCGUGCACAGC